AUGGAAAUGGAAAGCAGGAAAGAAUGGGUGGAAGGCUUUGAUGAGUUCGGGAAGCCUCUUGAGCGAAUUACAAAAGCCGAACAGCUUCAGGAUCAACAAAGGAGAAUGAAAAAGGAAGAGGUUGAACUGAACAAAGCGCUGCAGAAGGAGCAAUUCGAAAUGCUGGAGUUGCAGAACAAGCUGAAAGAAUGCAACGAUGAAUAUGCACAGGAAAGGCAGCACCUGGAUGAGUUAAGGUCACAGCAAAGAGUAACGCUGGACACAGAUCAGAAGUUUCGCAUUCUGAGCGUCACAAAAGAGACCAUCGAUCGCUUCCUGCGCAAAAGGCCGAAAGUCGAGGAUGAGCAGAUGAUGGUCGAUGUACAUUUUCUCACUGGCACAGAAACUACGGGCUUCAACCUUCACAUCAAUGGUGAAGGAGCAGGCUCCAGAGAUGCCAAGUUUCUGAUCCAUUUGAACGAGAAGGUUGAAAGCUUGGGGAAACAAGCUGCAAAGUACUGGGGCUUGGACCCUGACAAAGUAUUCUUCCUGGACGGCGAUGGCCGCAUCGUGCUUGAUCAUAUGAGACUAGUGGACAUCGUCCUCCCUCCGGUGCCACCAACAAAUCCUCAUCUCAGGAGUUUGCAAAGCUCGAGUUCUUCUGCCCUGGUGCCAGAUGAGGGAGCGCCGCCAGGCGAACAGAAAGAGAGGGAUCUUUGGAUGGUGAAAGGCCGGAACUAUUGUUUGACCCUUGUCCGUGCUAGCACAGUGCUGAGCAAGGAAGACUUGAACAGGCCGAAAGGAGAAAAAUGGGAAGACUUUACUUUUAACGAGCGACAGUUGGAGAAGGAGCUUGAAAAUGCCAGAAAGAAGCGCGGAGGUGAAGAUGGAGAGGCUGCAAAGAUUAACAUGGAUGUUAUCCCGUCUUUGAACGACCUAAUGCAACAGGGCCAGGAAAAGAAGCGUCGCAAGCGGGCAGACACGAGGUGUCGACUCUUGGAGUUCACGGUCUUUGUGGUUUGUCAGGUCUUAUUCUUGGUUGCUCUGGUUCAGCCACAAAUGUUGGGCCCUAGCUUGCUCUUAGCAUCUCAAAAAUUAGAGACUCUUUUCUCGAACUUCACAGAAGCAGAUAAUUCCUCAAGCUUCUUACAGUCUGUGACACCAAGCUUCAAUGACAUCAUCACGGAGCAACAGUACUGGCAAUGGCUAACAGGUCCAUUGCAAAGAGUGCUACUUGACGAGGGGCCACUUGAGGCAGAGCUGCACAUCAAGAUAUUGAAAACGUUGACUACCCGGUUCGAUGCCACACAGACUUCCACCAGCCUGGGCUCUCCCUAUCAGUUUUGCAGCAACACCACUAAUGCCUCCGCGGCCACCGCGGUGAGCACGACAACUUCAGCAGCAGGUAGCAAUUCAGUGCCAAGUGCUACUACAGUGACUUCUGGAGACAUCUCCUGCAUACCCGAACAAUUCAAGUAUUGUUCCAACUUGCGUGCGAUGCACAUCUUGGGGAAGGGUCAAGAGCUGGGGCACGAGGUUCCGAACUGCGUCCCUCUGUAUGACAUCAACGUCGCCAAUGCUUACUUCCAAUCGCUCACGCACUCUCAAGUCUUUUCAUACGCCCAUGGCAAGAUUGGCACUUACUUUGACGGUGGCCGGUCCUUCCUCGAUGUUAGCAAGGGAACUGAGGCCUUCAGACAAUCUUUGGAGAGCUUCACGCUCAGUACUGGCAGUCCGUUCACAUUUCAAGGUUCAGCUCAGCAGGUCACGACUGUUGUGUAUGGGGCCACCACCAAUGCAAUUUUCAUCUUCCACUUCCUUGCAGAGAACCGCCUUUCUGGAGGCAUAGUAACUACCAUUCACAAAGACGUCUUCUUGUUGGAUCUGGAACCUGUAGAGAGCCAUGUCUAUUUGCUCCUUUCGUGUGCUUCGGCUGUCAUUUUGCUGCUGAUGGAGAUAAGAAGGAUCCUUCAUUGCCCGGCGGCGUGCACUUUUGAGGAGGAACGCUCCAAGUGUUCCAUUUGGUCGCUUUUGUUCCUGAUGCUUCCAUUGCUUAUCCUGGCGACCUCCUGCCUGAUGUUGGUUCAGGAUACCUUUACAGGCAAUCUACUCGAGGCAGGCAGAACCAGCGAUAGUGAGCUAUAUGACUAUUUGUGGUUGCGAAUCAAACUGGACCGCAGCAAGUUGACUAUCAUUGUCAUCACGCUGUUCCUUUUCAAUGCUUUGAUGCUGAAGUAUUUGCUGCUGCACUUCCCACAGCUCUUGUCGGCCACGCAGAUUGUGAAAAAGCUGGCAGCGCCGCUUCUAACAGUGCUCCUGCUCGUUUGCGUCACGGUCUUUUCUUUUGGAGUCUUUCUCUACACUGUAUUUGGAAGCGUGUUUAGAACCUUCGAAGGUGUUGCGACGACCUGGCUGAAUGUUGUGUUGUGGUCAAUGGGCUACAUCAAAGACUGGCAGGCCUACUAUCGCUUCCAGCCGGCGCUCUGGACUUUGAGCAUUUUCAUCACGCUUUGUCUCAUCCAGCUGACCCUUAACGUUCUGCCGGCAGUAAUCAUGCUUUCUCACAAGAAGGAAGCCGACCUGGUAGAGAACUAUAGCUACCAUGCGUACUGGGCCAGCGAAAGAAGCAAGAACAGCGGGAAGAAGAGCUUUAAUCCAGCUUUAGUAGGCUGGGAUUUCACAAACCCAAGCGACCCUAGCGAAGUCCUCCAGUAG